AUGCUGUCACAGGGUGAUAUUUUGUCUGUGGCCAGUUGGUACAACACCGAUGGACGUGUGGAGACCGCCGAGCGAUAUAAACUGAUUGAAGAUGGCCUGGGCGUCUACAUGAUCGAGAUUAAGCCAUCGGAGUCCUGCGAUGCCGGGGAAUGGAAAUGUGCGGUCACCAGCUUUGAGGGAUGUGUGGGCAUCUCCACCUGUGCAGUUAACAUGGACAUUCCCAGAAACUAUCGCAAGCCUCGGUUCAUGGAGAGCCUUCGUGCCGUUCUAACUGAAGAGGGUCUUGUCUCCUUUGAGUGUAAAGUGGUGGGCUUCCCAACGCCAGUGCUCAAAUGGUUCAAGGAUGGCCAUGAAUUGAAGCCUGGUGAUGUUUACCAGCUGACAGGAUCCAAUUCCUUUUAUAACCAAUACUCAAAAUGA